CUGUUUGUCUGAUGGUGGGGAGAUGUAAAGUUCUGGCUCCAGUGUAGCUCAGUAGUUACGUUAUAUUUAUAGCCUCAGAUCAAGUGGUCCGGCCCACCCCAGUCACCCCACUGCCCAGUCCCCGGGUACUGCUGCUCUUAAACCAAUCAAGCAGAGACUAGGACUGGUCUUCUCCCUCAACUCUCGGUCUGCUCUGACUCCUCUAGCAAGAGGCACACAGGCUGAGGCUGCCGCACUCACAGGCAAGAAAGCAAAGGGAGAGAUUUGAUCCAAAAUGGCGGAACGCUACGACUGCCAUUACUGCAAGGAGUCCCUGUUUGGGAGGAAGUAUGUGCUCAGGGAAGAGAACCCCUUCUGUGUGAAGUGCUACGAGAACCUUUACUCUAACUCCUGUGAAGAGUGCAAGAAGUCCAUUGGCUGCAGCAGCAGGGACCUGUCCUACAAGGACCGCCACUGGCAUGACGACUGCUUCCACUGCUUCAAGUGUAGCCGCUCCCUGGUGGACAAGCCCUUCUCCACCAAGGACGACCAGCUGAUCUGCACCGAGUGCUACUCCAACGAGUACUCCUCCAAGUGCCAUGAGUGCAAGAAGACCAUCAUGCCAGGCUCCAAGAAGAUGGAGCAUAAGGGCAACAGCUGGCAUGAGACCUGCUUCACUUGCCAGCACUGCCAGCAGCCAAUCGGCACCAAGAACUUCAUCCAUAAGGACAACAGUAACUACUGCGUGCCCUGUUACGAGAAGCAGUUUGCCAUGCAGUGUAUCCAAUGCAAGAAGCCAAUCACCACAGGCGGGGUGACCUAUCGCGAUCAGCCGUGGCAUAAGGACUGCUUCCUGUGCACCGGUUGUAAGCAGCAGCUGUCUGGCCAGCGGUUCACCUCUCGGGACGACUUGGCCUACUGCCUGAACUGCUUCUGCAACCUGUAUGCCAAGAAGUGUGCCACCUGCACCACCCCUAUCAGUGGUCUGGGUGGCAGCAAGUACAUCUCGUUUGAAGACCGUCAGUGGCACAACAACUGCUUCAACUGCAAGAAGUGCUCCAUCUCCCUGGUGGGAAGGGGCUUUCUGACGGCCCGCGAUGAGAUCAUGUGUCCCGAGUGUGGCAAAUACGUCUAAAAGCUGUGUGCCAGGAGGGAGCGUCAAAGCCAGAGAAGGCAAAGAUGCAAGAGAAUAUAGGCCUACUCCUACUAACAUUUCAUUUAUUAUAAUUAUAUAUUUAUUCAAUAAUACACAUUUCAGGCUAACCCAAAGGGCUUUCUGCAUGCACUGGCCUCAGAUUGAUACAGUAUGUUGUCUGAUGAAUUGAGCACAAAUUGCAUUAGAUUCUUAGAAAGAGAUAUCAUUUUGAUGUAUUUUAAACAAAAUAACAACUUUGUCUGUGGUUUGUUACCAUUGAAACGUUUAACUAUUGUAUUAUGUUGUAUAUGUUAGGAUAAUCAUCCGUGACACAUAACUAUAAAAGGAGUUGUACUUUUCAUUAUAGCAGUGAAAUCUAACGAGAACAUGACAUGUACCUGCACUCUAAAUGUGAAAUAAAGUAUUUAAAACGCAAUUAGUUGAUAGAAUGAUCAUUCUGACAUUUGAUUUUGUUCCAAAUCUAUAAAGACAACAAUAAAUCCCAUGGGCUCUUGUCAAAAGUAGUGCACUAUAUAAUGAAUAGGGUGGCAUUUGGGAAGCACACCUACAACCCCCAUGAAUGGCUUACCUCUGACUCCAUCUAGCGAUACAAACACCCCUUGGGGGAAAUGGACUCUUGGAGUCUCGAACACUCAAAACCACAUAAAGGAGGUAUGGGAUGUGAACAUUAGUGCCUAAGGGCUAGGGUCUGGGCCUGGAUCUGUCCUGGUGUUGGCUGCAGGUUAGCGUUUUUCUUAAUGAAUGUUGUUCUGGAGGCAGCUCUGCAGAGUGGUCACUAGCUGGCACAGCCACAAAGUAA